CCCGUCAAACAGAUACGUAACAUGCAAAAAUGAUCUUCACGUAACUGACCAAAAGACUUGGUAUAUAUAGCCCUUCAGAUCAAUACUUCCACAAUCUCCUCUCUUCAUUUGAGUAUUCCACUUGCCGGGGAUUCGAUUUCAUCAAACCAGCACCAUGAACAAGUCCGUCAUUUUGAUGAUCCUGCCAUGCGUGAUUGCUCUGGCUGUUGUUGCUGUGGAGGGUAUGUACUACUACCCUGGCGCCCAGACCUCAGUCGUGGGAGGAGUCGGAAACACCGCUGCCAGACAGGCUUACCAACAGAGAUACCUCCAGGAAUGGUUCCAGACUCGCCAACAGAGAAACCAGCUGAACAAACUCGCUAAACAAUCUACCUUCUCAACCUUUGUCAACUACAUUCCUCUGGUUCUUCUGUUGACCACCCUGACCAACAACACUGCUCUCCCCAUCAUCGGUUAAACAUCUUAUGAACUGCGGAAAAAGAGAGGCGUAAUACUCUAACAGGGGUUGACGACCAGAUCAGUAGGGGUGUGCUGUUAAAUGGCUG